AUGUCUGGUGGGGCUUCUCCCCCCAUCAUCAGCACACCCGGCCCGUCCCGACAGGGACGUCGGGCAAUGGACGAAUUAUUCGCCCGUCGCCCCAUUCCACAAACUCGACCGGUCCCGAUGGACCCCGAUAAGGACAAUUCGGCCAGGCCUCCGGUCUCGGCCCGGGUGUCCCCGGGGAUCGGUCCGGGGGAAGGUUUCGCUCCCCUGUCGACCGAUUGCCCUGGGCCACCUCGGCCGAGGAAGAAGGCCAGGUCCGAGUCUGACCGUGGUUCAUCUGAGGACCAUGAUAAGCGACCCAGAUUAGGACCUUCCUCUAAGUCAGAGGGAGAGGAUAGCGAGGCCACGUCCUCCCCCCCCUCCUCCUCCAACACUACUACUCCAUCCUCAUCCAGAUCCUCAUCCCCUACUGGAAGUCCCAUCCCAUUAGCCAAACCCGUUCCCAAGCCGAGGGCCCCCGCCAGGACAGGGGUAGCCCCACGCCCACUCAGAUCCCCCCCUCGAUCCCCUUCCCCGACCAUAUCCCCUAUCCCGGUGGAUCCAACUCGUGGUGCCCCCGCCCUAAGCGGCACGGCGGGUAACCUGGAUUCCACCAGGUAUAUGGACCUCGAGUCCACCAAAGCCCAACAGUUUCCCAACCUUCCUCAACCCAUUCCCUCAACGUCCUACGCGACCGUUGCCGCAUCCCAACCGCCAGUAGGUACACGCCCCAGACCUGCCCAAUCACAAGUUCCUCCACCCCCGAGGCCGAGGGGUCGGGCUCAGGAGGAGCUCCGCCGUCAUCCACCUAUCAUGGUGGAGGCUCUCCCGAACUGGUCUCGCCACAUGGCGGCCAUUAGGGAGCGCCUCGGUAGGGCUCCUUCUGCCAGGCCCCACGGCACCGGUUUCCGCUUCCUGCCGUCAUCGGCGGAGGAGUACAGGGUGAUCCAGGAUUAUCUCUCGAGGGCCUCCGCUGCAGACAAAACCAUUAAAUGGUAUUGUUUUGCGUUGGCGGAGGAGAUACCCUCGAAGGUAGCCGUCCGGGGUCUCCCUGCCGACACCGAUGCGGCAGAGGUAACAAACGCCCUCAAGGAGCUGGGCUUUCCUGCCCGUUAUGCCCGGUGCAUCCAGGCCAAGAGGGGGAGACAGGGCUGCGUAUUUUUCGUGGCUCUGGACCACCUCUCCAAGGGUGACCUCGCCCGGCUAUAUUCAGUUAACGAACUGUUAUACUUGCCGGGGAGUUUGUCUUAUGGCAUGAUGUUUGCUGUUUGUAAUAAUUUAGUGCACAAAAGCUAA